GUUGGGUGGGGUUUAAGCACGUGAAAACUUGUACUUCUAAAUAUUUAGAUCUCUGAGAGUGAAAUUUCAGAAGCCAUCUUAUCCUACCACUCAAAAAUGGCCAUCUCCAAUACGAAGAGGAUUCUUGUUAUUCAAUUCUUUGUGAUCAUCACCUUGUUAUUUUUAAAAAUUCCGGCUGCGAGUGCUUUAUCGUUCAACUUUUCUAGUUUCAGUUCUAAUCGGGAAAACAUGACAUACCAGAGAGCUUACCCACAAAACCAAGUUAUUUUACUAGCCUCAGGAAACGGCAUGUUUGGUCGGGCCACAUACUAUAAACCUCUGCGCCUUUGGGACAAUGCCACGGAAAAUCUCACAGACUUCACGACUCAUUUCUCUUUCAUUAUUGAUUCUGAAAACAGAAGUGCUUAUGGAGAUGGGUUGACCUUCUUUCUGGCGCCUCAAGUUUCAAUGAUUCCUGUGAACGCCACGAGAGGAGGGUCUUUUGGUCUUGCAAACGAUGAUGAGCGAUUAAAUUCAACCUCCAAUCCAUUUUUUGCUGUGGAAUUUGAUAUUUAUCAUAACCACUAUGAUCCACCUAGCAUCCGUGAACAUGUGGGUAUCGACAUCAACUCUUUGAAGUCUGUGAAAACUGUGGCAUGGUGGAGUGAUGUCAUGGGUGGAAGAAGAAAUGAGGCAUGGAUCAAUUACAAUUCUAGCACAAAGAAUUUGAGUGUUGAGUUCACUGGUUUUAGAAAUGGUACCAUUGUGAAGCAGCACCUUGAUUAUAAAGUCGAUUUGAGGCUUUAUUUACCUGAGUUUGUAACUUUUGGUUUCUCAGGGGCAACUGGAAAUGCAACUGCAACACAUACAGUUAACUCGUGGGAGUUCAGUUCAAGCUUGGAAGAUGGUAAUUCAACUAAUCCGCCAGUAAGCCCAAAUCUUGUUGACGGUAGGAAAAGCAAAACCGGGCUGGCUGUGGGAUUGGGUAUUGUUGGUGGUGUGUUGGUUGCCGGGUUGGUUUUGGUUCGGCUGGCUUGCUUUGGUAGGAAGAGAGAUGGGAAAGAUGAAGAAGAAACUAUGGAUAAUGAAUUUGAAAGAGGAACUGGACCCAAGAAGUUUUCGUAUGAGGAAUUAGCAAGCGCUACAGAUAAUUUUAAUGACGAAAACAAGUUAGGACAGGGAGGUUUUGGUGGGGUUUAUAGAGGAUUUAUGAAGGACACCAACUCUUAUAUUGCAGUUAAGAAGGUCUCCAAAGAGUCUAAACAAGGGAUAAAGGAGUAUGCAUCAGAAGUGAAAAUCAUUAGUCGAUUGAGGCACAGGAAUCUGGUGCAACUUCUGGGUUGGUGCCAUGAGAAAAAGAAUCUUCUACUUGUUUAUGAAUUUAUGCGUAAUAGCAGCUUGGAUUGCCAUCUUUUCAAAGGAAAAAGCUUAUUGACAUGGGAAAUGAGGUACAAAAUUGCUCAAGAUUUGGCUUCAGGAUUACUAUAUUUGCAAGAAGAAUGGGAACAAUGUGUGCUGCAUAGAGACAUCAAAUCAAGCAACAUUAUGUUAGAUUCAAAUUUCAAUUCAAAGCUUGGGGAUUUUGGGUUAGCUACAUUUGUUGACCAUGCAAAAGGGUCACAUGCUACCGGUUUGGCUGGAACUCGGGGCUACAUGGCACCUGAAUGUCUCAAAACAAAGAAGACCAGCAAGGCAUCAGAUGUUUUCAGCUUCGGUGUAGUUGCACUGGAAAUUGCAUGUGGAAGAAGAUCAAUAGAGCACAAAUAUGAGGAGGAUCAAGUUUCAUUGGUACCUUGGGUUUGGGAGUCAUAUAGAAAUGAAAGACUUCCGGAUAUUGCUGAUAAGAAGUUAUGCAUGAAUUUUGACGUGAAACAGAUGGAGUGUUUGUUAAUUGUGGGGCUCUUGUGUGCUCACCCAGACCGUAAUCAGAGACCAUCCAUAAGGCAAGUUAUUCAAUUUCUUAAUUUUGAGUUAGCUUUGCCGAAUCUUCCACCAAAUAUGCCUGCUUCCAAUUAUGAUCACAUGCUAUGUACGGCUGCAGCUGUAGGGUCAAGCCAUGCGCCUUCUCAGUCUUUGACUAUUCUACGUUAAUCCAUUUGUAAAUUUUAUUAAUAUUUUUGUAUGUUAUUCUAUAUCUGCCGCGUUAAAGUGAAAAUUAAUGCCAUACGGUAAUCUUUUUACUA